GGCAGGCUUAGCAACAAAGAGGGUGUGGGGGUGGACCAGCCAGAGGAGGUCUGUUAAUCUGUGCGACCCCAUGCAGAUGCUUCCAUCAAUCACCAUUGCGAUUCCGGCCACGAUCACAAUCAUUGCGCAAGGGCCCUGGUUGAUAUCAACUCUUGAUUUCUUGCGCCCGCCCGUUACAGAUCGCGUGGCCGCCCUCCAACUCGACUUUCUGUCUCUUGAUAGUCUCCGUCUCCUUGGCUUGACCUUGAUCAACUCGACGGCUUCAGGGACCAAGCGUCAAGGGCCAAUGGGAACUGGAAAAAGGGUGCGGCACGAUCAGCCAAGCUUUUCAUGUCAGAGUUGAGACAUUUGUUUAUCAAUCGGACUCUGAUGUGGGAUAUCUUCUCAUGGGUUCCAGGCCAGGGGGUCCCCAAGACAAGACAAGAAAACAGCGCGCCUUGCGCCAGGUAACCAAGAUUUGGUUUGAGAGUCCUGCGUCUACGACACUGCACGCACAGGUUGCAACGAAUGGAUUGGACUUGACAACAGACCAACAAGAUAACGGCGCUAUCUUCUCUUAGCUGGGACCCUACUGCAUCCCCUGAGUUCCCCGUGGUCUAGCGUGGACCUAGAUUUCUUCUGGCAAUGGACUGAAGUUGUGAUUGUUCUCACCGCGUUCCAUGGCUAUAGAGGAGAUUGUUGAUCGUGGUCAUGGUCGUGGGCCUGGGCAAUCUCUGCUUUUAUCCUCUCGGUGUUACUGGGCAUGUACCUCAAGCAGUUACUGCUAGCCACGGCUAACCCCCACUGUCUAUAAUGGGCGGCUUGUGGUGCCAUGACCACCUGCGGGUCUUCAACGUGGGAGUUUGUGAUGCCAUCAGCCAGCCUGCGGGCGCAGCCGGUCUAAGAUUCGUGGGUUGUCUUGAUGGCGAGACGAGAGCGGAUGAUAACGUCUCAAAAGCGGACCCUGGAUACCUGGAAACCGUUAACAGUCUACAGCCUCUCACGUGUAUUAUGCCACUGUUUUCAGGUACACCCGCCUGGACUUAGGUACCGUCCUAACGCGGCCAGACGGAAUCACACAACCCCAACAUCCCUGGGGGUUCAAAUCUCGACAUCGCCCUGCUUUAUGAUUAGAGCCGCCCGCCUACCUUGCCUUACUGUACCUACCUACAGGCUGUUUUUUUUCUUCUUCUUCCGUGCUCCAUCUCUCAUAUCUAAAAGACUACCCCGUACCCUUUCAUAACCAUCCGUAUCCAUUCCGUCCAUAUCAGGCUCCUACUGCCACCGACAUUUCCAUGGACGACCUAUCUCAACCUCGAUUCCUCUCUUCGAUACCUUGGUUUGACGCAACUUAAUGUCACCCUCACCCUCUCGCUCUCCCCCACCGGCCUCGACGCCGCAGCCCGACGAGUCUCAGUUGCCAAAGGGUCAAUGUCGCUAUAUCCUCAUGAUACCUGAGCUCAAGGGCCAGCGGUGCGGCUGCAUGGGGUUCGAUCACAACAAAUCUUUACCUGGUGCCACUUGCAACUGUGGACAUCUAUCCUGCUUUCACGUCGCCAAUGCCGAUACCCCAACACCAAGCACUAACAAGUCCGAAAUCGAUGCGAUUCAACAGCGAGUACGAGCCUUGGAAGAACUCGCGAACCCACAAGACCGUGAUCGACUUUCCCAUGUUGUUCGCCGCAUCAGCGAGUUGGAAGAGACGGUCGAGAAGAACAAGGACGAAACCGAUACUGAACUCAAAGGCUCAUAUCGCAACGCAUCUGCUGCAUGGGCGCUUGUUACACAAUUGCAGCAACACAUUAAAAGCUUGGAACAAACCCUUCGAUCACAAGGCGAACAGCUGGCAAGGACAGGGAGCGAAGUGGACGAUUUGCGCAAUCGUCAACUUGAGCUGCUAGAUAGCGACGAAUGCUUGGAAGAAAGGAUCGAAAAGUUGGAGAGUGCCGAGCCUCUUUUGUCACCUCCCCAAGACCCAGAUCCAAGCGAUGCCACUGUCAACACCUUUCAUCUCUCGCCCACAACCACUGUCCCCUCACAGCUGCCGUUGAACUCAACACACAGAUUAUCGAUAGAACCUACCGCCUCAACUGAACGCCCAAGGUCAUGGACAGUGCAUGUGUCUUUGAUGCCUUCCAAGGACACACCCUUCCCAUUUGAAAAGGAUACAACCUCAUACAAGAGAUGUCUGUCCCGUGGACUUCAUCGUAUGCUCGCAGUGGAAGGAGACGAUGCCAAGUCUGUCACAGAGGCUGUAUCACGAGCAUUUGAACCCCUGCUCAAAGGACGGCCGUGGGUUCCAUUGCAAGCAAAGCUUUGCGAUGCUGAGCGUCUACAAGGCUUGCCAAUGUUACGACCCCUGGAGCCCAGGCUUAUCCACGGUCCGUACGACCGCGCGUUCCUCAAGCAGCACUGCGCCGUACUGGAUGCUAGUGGCAAGAUGGACUCAUUAUAUAUUGCAAUGGAGCACGAUUCCUUGUCGUGGAACUUCUUGAAGAGGUCCCCAGUCUAUCUGGACGGACUAGAGUCCGCGUGGGAGCGCGAUAGCGUACUCGACAAAAAGGACGAACAAGACCCGUCGUCCAGGGAUCAUCACGGCGAUGAAGGUGACGAGUCACCGCCCGCCGGCAACAUCGUUGGAGCCUUGACAGGCCUGAAGCGUAGCAUGUCUGAGAUUUCAUGCUCGUCUCUCGAUGACACCGAAUUACCGUUGGCCAAGUUGCCACGAACAUGCAAGACGUCUCAACUCGAGAUGCGACGCGGCGUAGAAACUGCAAGGUGAUGUGCAGUAUUGGAAAACUGGAAAUGAACGACUUGGAUUUUAUCAGGGACAGGUGUAAACAUCAUGAAAGCGACUUCUUUUUUACCGGCAUACAAUGGGGCGUUCAAAUAUGUGCUUGGGCAAGUAUUGAUACCUCGGGCAUAGCAUUGGCCUUUUUUUCAAAAAGCAUGGCCGGGCUUGGUUAGGUUAGACAGAGGAAUUGGAAUUAGAAUAUUAGAUGAUAGAGUGGCUAUUUAUGUACAAGAACAGGGAGUCUGGCCAUUAUUAGACAAUUUUAUGGUUUCUAAACAUCUUCGAACUCUAUCUCCUCGCUGUCUUCGUCUUCUUUUUGUUCAUGAGUAUCUGGUCCAGCCAGUUUCACUUUCUUGGCGGCAGGGACAUCUUCGAAUAAGU